UAGGAAGUCAUGCGGACGACGUAAAUACAAAUAAGUGUGUUUAUGAUUAAUGAUAUCGUUGAUUGACUUGUAGAUAGCAAAAUAGACGUCUUCUGUUAAGUAAGAAGAAUGGUCGAACCUAUUUUUGAGUAUCAAUUCCGACUGAUACUGAUUGGAGACAGUACUGUAGGAAAAUCAUCAUUAUUGAAAUAUUUUACUGAUGGAAAAUUUGAAGAGACCUGUGAUCCAACAGUGGGAGUAGAUUUUUAUGCUCGACUGAUCGAAGUUAAACCAGGUAUUCGAGUGAAAUUACAACUAUGGGAUACUGCAGGUCAAGAACGAUUUAGGUCAAUAACAAGGUCGUAUUAUAGAAAUUCUGUGGGUGUUAUGAUAUUAUAUGACAUUACUAAAAAGAGUAGUUUUGAUAAUGUAAAGGAAUGGUAUGCUGAAGCUAAGAUGCAUAUAGAUCCCCAUCAAGCUGUGUAUCUUAUAAUUGGUCAUAAAGCAGAUCAGGAUGAAGCUCGACAGGUACCAACAAGAGAUGGGCGAAGGUUUGCUGAAAUAAACGGUUUGAAAUUUGUUGAAACUUCGGCCAUGAAUGGACAGAAUGUAGAGGAAUCAUUUUCUUUGAUUGCCAAAGAUAUCUAUCACAAUAUAGAGGAUGGAAAAAUCAAAAUAGAAGAAGGUUGGGAUGGAGUCAAGUAUGGUUUUGCUCGUCCUAAAGAAACAGUACAUCUAGCAGAGGGAGAACCAGAGAGUGGUGGUUGCUGCUAAUAAUACAUUAGAUUUAUCUCCCCCUGUAUUAUGUCUUUAUAUUUAAAGACCACAUGUAAAUCUGCAGGUGUAUUCAAAACUACUGUUUGUAAAGGCUUGUGAACAAAUAUCAUUGAUCAGUAGGGGUACAGAUUGACUAUCAAAAAGUUUAGAAUGUUAAGCAAACCCCAUCUUGGCCCAAAUUUUUCAAAUCAAUACCAUACUCAGUACAGACAUGAACAUUUAUAUCAAUGGUUAUCAUAUGUACUUAUGUAAUUCAAGAACAUGGUUUUGAAUACACCUUUUAUGUUUAGAUUUAUUUAAUUGAUGUACAACCUGUGCAGUUAGUUUUCAUCACUGAGACUUACAGCUGGUUUUAUUAUUUAAUCCAACCCUAUGUUAAUAUCAACGACAUAACCACCGCCUAUACCCAUCAAUUAUACAUUAUCCACAGAAAUCAGUACAGUAUGUAAGCUUCCACAACCAAUAUGCCUCAUGUUCUAUGCAUAGGCAAACGAUCUUCUGUUGAUCCCUUGACAGUUUAAACCAAAUAAAAUGUGUUGCAUGAGUAAUAGUAAUACAUUACUUUUUACCCUUAUUGUGUACAUGCAGAAAAAUAUUGCUGAGGAUAGACCAAUAAUAAUUGCCAUCGUGAACAGUCAUAGAACAUGUGUCAUAUAGAGAGUUUAGAUAUAUUAAUAUACUGUAAAAUCUAUUUGGUAUCAUCUUAAUUAAUUUUAAGUAAAAUAAUUAAUCAACAUUGUAUAUCAUCCAUAUCCAUCCUUUCUUUAAUAUACAGUACGCCCGCCGCGACGCUUUGAUGAAACACGAUUAUCGUGUCGUUUUUUGUUGAAAAUUGCCACGAUAACGCCACGAUAUUGCCACGAUAAAUAACUCGGUGUAGCAGUCGCUAUCGUGUGCCACGAUAGUCGUGCGACACGAUAGGCCUCGGUGUAAUUUUACAUGCAAAAUUAACGGUAUUUAUUUGUCAUAAACAAUCGAUGUCAAAACGAUAUACAGUCACGAUGUUAUGAAUGUUGAAUAUUUUCGUUAAUAAUACGGACGCAUUAGGUCACUUUGUAUAGUUAGAACAUGCGUGCUCACAUAUUCUGCACGAUAUAUGCGGUUACAUUAUGUAACCAGUCAUGUAAAGCUGCAUGUCUAGUACACUUUGAAGGACACGUAUGCAUAAGACUAUACAUGUAUUACACAGUUUAGAUAUUUAUUCCGUGUUCAAAUUGUUUUGCAUAUUUACUAUAUUAUGAGUUUAUAGUUAAGAACUACUCUCGAAUCACGGCAAAGAUAGACUUUUAAAUUGCAAACUAUAACGGUAUUUGGGUUACCGGUCUUACAAAUAGAAAUAAGACAAAUAGAACUUGCAACGGGGUUCGAAAGCGCUUUCAAAUCAGACAUAAGUUCGUACUUACCGUAAAAAUGAAAUGAACGCGACACAAGUCUCCGAUGUAAGAGAAUAUUAGUUAAUUAUAACCGCUAUCAAAUCCACGCAAAAAUCCAAGGCACUCGUUUUAUUUUAGAAAAGAAUAACUGUAUUUCGAUGGAAGAAUCUAUUCCACAUGAACCCCAAAUCAAUGAUAACUGUCAACUUGUAUGUUGUCAUUCUCGUGCAGAUUGGUUUGAAUAACAGAAACGUCCCUUGGAUCCAAGAUCAAAGAAAAAAAUCGCACGUAGCCACUUUGUUGUUUUUAUUGGUUAAGACUACAUUGUGCCGCAAAGACCCAAAGUUGCCAGAAACCAUGCAGUGUUCACCUUACAACAGGUCCAUUGAUUUUUGGCUUAUUUUAUAAUUUAUGAUACCGUUUAGAGCACAAUGCGUUACGAUUUAAAUUUUGGUAUUCCAAGUUGAUUAUAUAUGCAAGUUUAUUUGCAAAAGGAUAUUAAUUUGGAUUGGUAUUAUUUUUAUAUUUGCCUGUGAUAAGUAUUAAGGAUAUUUAACAUCUACAAUAUGAGUAUAAAAGGUAAGGUAAACACUUUUUACAAAUGCGUAAAUUUUUAAUAAUGUACAUUUGUAAGCGGUAAAAGAUAUCAGCCGAAAAUCUAACUGAUAAAUUCACGACAAUGUUUCCUUAUAUUUGGAGUUGUUUCGUUUCGUGUACGGAAAAUAGAUUAACGAUUAGUUUUAACAUUAUUUAUCAUGCCGAAACAUAUCAUUCCAAUUUCUCUUGUUAAAGGGAGGUUCGUACUAUUUAAGAAAUGACCUUUUGGCCCGACAUACAUGUACGAAUAAUCGCCGUCUUAUAAAAUGCGAAUUCCGUUUAUGUAAAAGGGGCUCCGGCGCAAUUUAAGGAAUUAUUGUUGACCCAAUAUUAACCAUCGCCAAUUUUUUAAAUCAUGGGAUAAAGUCAAUCAGCAAACAAUACGGGUCUACUUUAUUACAAAAACAUUGGUGAACUUAUCGUUGAUCGUUAGGUAAAUAAAACAAUAUAAACAACCAACUGGUAUUCUUCAAUAGUUAUGAAAUUAAUUAAUCUAGAAAGCACAUCAAAGAGUGUAGAAUAAAUGGUCUAACAGAAAAUUCAGUUGUUAAAGGGGCGUGGGGCUAUUUAAGGAAUGACGUUUGUGCACAAUAUAAUGAAAUGAUUUCCACCGGUGUAAGGCAGAAUAUGUCAACUGCAAAUGACUAAACAUCAUUUUGUUCAUAAGCCGCUCUGCCUGCGUGAACCUUAAGCCUGUACCGAUUUAAACAAAAAUACGAGUUUUACCGUAACAGAGUAAUCACAAUUACUCGUUACAAAUUGGUAUUACAUGUAGCGGAUUGGGUGGGGGUCCGGUCGAAUCCUAACAACCCCGUGAAAUCGCGACGAAUAACUUCUUGGUUACCGUAGUCAUAUUUUAAGUGUAACUUUGUUUUCUUUAUUUUCACAUUCUGCUAAUUAAGAAACCAUUUGAGUAAUAAAUACAGGUAAUUGAAUGGACUGAAGCUUCAUGUAUAAUCAAAAAGAAAUCGACAUCUCUUUUGAAAAUAUGUAUUUAUUACUACUGACAAUUAACAAUAAAAGUCAUAUUGUCCACGAGCACAAGACUACAACAAGGUAAUAGUUUGUUGUUAAAGGGGCGUCUAUGUUCUGUCAGUCGAUUUCCUUUCAUGUCACGUGUCAGUUCUCAUUGUGGAACCUUGAUUGACAGUAUGCAUCCACCAGACUCUAUGGUGCCGAAAUGAAAACGUCAGCAAGGUAUUAUCGGACUGAUACGUGUCAAUGUACAUGUGUUCAGCAAAGUUCCAUAAACUUGUUGACGGUGAAUUCUGACUUUGUGUGAUUACAUAUCAGGAGACAAAGGCUUUUAAUUUAUUUGUGAUUUAAACCAGAAUUAUUUAUCAGUAUGUGAAUUACUAUUUAGAUGGAUAAAUCUACGCCCCCGGUAAGACUAGCAUAUAUUGGUGUCAUGUUAUAAUUUUUCAGUAAUUUGAUUGAAUUUGUAAUGGUCCAUCGAUGCAAGUCUUACAAAUGUCUAACAUAUUAAUGAAGUAAUAAUGUAUCGGUAUAAGCAUAUUUCUGUUUAAAAGAUGACAAUACCCGGGUUUAAAUAACAGAAUUACCCUGUGAUAUAACCCUAUAUACGGUCCAUGAUAUAACAGAUCAAAGAAACGCGUACGCAAAUCUUCACACGUAGCUACCAACACAUUAAGUGAUCUAUAAUAACAAUGUAUAGCUCUACAUGUACUUCAUCCUAAAAUAAACGAUCAGAGGCAUGGUUUAAUUAAAACACCGAGUCACACCGUGUUUCCAACACCGAGGCAGUGCUAUCGUGUCACUCGAUAUUCGCUCGGUGUUCACUCGGUAAAUCACGGAAUUCCACGAUAAAAAACACGGUAAUAUCGUGUCCCGUCAAACCAUCGUGACGGCCGUACUGUAAAGUAUGUUAGAUAUUAAAUGGAGGAGUCUCAGAUUCCGUAUCCAUCAAUAAAAGUAUGCAAAUCAAACACCAAAAUGAAGAAAUGGACAAUUCACUUUAUCCGAAAGUGUCACCUCAAAUUAUUGAGCUUUUUGCCAACAAUGCUUUACAGAGUUAUGUAAGUGAAAUAAGGAAUUGUGGUCUAUUGUUUAUGUGUUCUGUGUGACCUUAAUAAAUAUAACUACAGGUAGCACAUUAUGGCAAGUCUAAAGACACUGCUAUCCAGACAUUAGUGCAGGUGUAUGGUUGGAAACCGCAACAAUCCUCUUUGAAAUCUAACAUUUGUACAGGACUGAGAUAAAGAUUAGAAGUCUUUGAGUUAACCUGUUUUAUUAAAGGGGCAUUAUGGGAGAUUAGAUCAAAAGUUGACAGUUCUCGCUGUAAUAGUUUGAAAAAAUAGAUAACGUAAAUAGAAUAUGCUGAAAAUUUCAGUCAAAUUGCUUUUGAAUUUUAGCCUAGCCUCGAUCAUCAUUACUAAAGUCUGUACGAUAAAAAAACAAAGUCUUGAUUAUCCAUUUUUAUGUUUAAUUAUUUUUCAAAAAAUGUAUUCCAAUCCGCUAAACAUUGCAGGCUAGCGAUGACAUCGAGAGUUGAUUAUGGUCUGGAUAAGUUAAUUAAUGUCUAAUUAAUAAUUUAGAUAACAUUUCAGGUCGAAAGAAAGACCUGCAAUGGGCAGAUUAAGCUUUUGCAUAAUUUAUGUUUAACAUAGAUUAGAAUGGUUCAGCAAUAUUUUAAUUUAAUUUAAAAAUGGAGGAGCGAGACUUGGCUUUGAACAACCAGUACGGUGGUUGUAAUUAUUGCACACGUCUUGUCAAACCUUCAAAGGCUAAUAUCUUCAUUCGCAAAAGAGUAAUUGGAAUGAAAUUUUCAAAUUAUUCAUUUUACAUUAUCUAUUUUCGAACUAUUACAGCAAGAACAACUAACACUUUAUCUAAAUCUUACAUAAUGUAUCUUUAAUAUUAAUUUUAAAUCAUAAAUGUUCUUUAUUAAAGUCAUUGUCAGCAUCAAAUCAGAUUAUCAACUUUCAAAGAAUGAAAUGAUUUGAAUAGCUAGACUUUUAAAAAAAAACAAUUUUGUGUUACCAUUUUAUUUUAGUUUAGUUAUUCAUUGAAUAUUGUUUCAUUACAAUGAAUUUAUAGUUUGAAUAUACAUACCAUUAAUCUUGGCCAGGUUCUGUAAUUAUAUAUCGUGUACAAUUUAUAUAGUAUGUUUACCUCUUUGAGUCUUUUAAAUGUAAUUGAAAGCAAAAUACUAUUAUUGAAUUGACAUGUAAUUUGAUAAUUCUAAAUGGUAGAGUAAUUUGAAUUGAGUUUCUAAUUUCCUGAGUUGACUAUAUGAAGCUUAUGAUAAAAUGUUGUUUUGAUAUGAUCUAAAUGUAUAUGUGUGCAUGUAAUAAUACAUAUAUAAGUUCAUUUAAAAAAGCAGGCAUAAAAUCAGGAUGCCCUUCAAGUAAUUUGGUGGUAAAAACUGGGUCUUAAAGGGCCAAUCCCGAUAAUAUUUCGGAGAAUAAAACUGGAUACUUUUGUGUUAAAAUCCUCUACCUUAGGGCCGAGCAACUAACUCAAUAUAUUUGAUACGUUUUCAAACAACUUAAACCCGUCAGUCUUAAUCUGGAAGUGGGGACCGGUGCCCCAAGCUGUAUUCUGCGGUGUCUGGAUAAAACCAGACUUAUUUUAUAAGAAUAAUGUGUAGGUGAAAUUUACCUUUCGUUAUGAAGUACAGCACAUGGGUCAUUCACUGUAUAAACCUCUAAAGGAACGGGAAUUGAUUAUCAGGUCACCCAACGAAAGAAUUGACCCAAAAUCUUAAAAGGGUUACGUGUCCGGAUAAGCAGUUUUGAGGUUCACGUCCAAAUGCCUCAAUAUUUCGAGCUGAAAUUUUGAGACAGGGUAAAUACACCAUUCCUUUAUAUUUUGGUGCUUAAAUUUCAUACGUACUCGGACUUUUAUUUUUGCGACUCUGUUCAAUUCGGGAUAGUCCCUUUAAGUACCGGUAGGUCUGAUUUGCUUGGCGUCAUCAAGCAUUGAUGUUCGUUUGCAAGUUUUGUGAGCGUUUCUUUAAGAAAUGCCAGCGCUGGCCUGUAGAAAUAGAUACCGGUAUAAAAAUAACAUGUAUACACAAAAGUUCCUAAUUCAUACUACCUGUCCUGUGUUGAGUAGAAGCUAACGGUAAUGUUUAUCACUACAAGUCAUGGUAUAUUAAACAUGCAUUAUGCAAGAGCUAAAUCUGCCUAUUGCAGGACUUUCUUUAGGCCUGAAAUGUUUUCUAUAGUAUUAAUUAGACAUUAAUUAACUGAUCCAGGCCUUAAUCAACUCUCGAUGGCAUCAGAUUUCUCCGAUAUUAAAUAGAUUAGAAUGGUUCAGCGAUACUUUGAUUUAAUCAAAUAUGGAGAACCAAGACUUAGCUUCGAUCAACCAGUACGGUGGUUGAAAUUAUUGCACACGUCUGUCAAAUCUUCAAAGGCUAAUAUCUUUGCUUGCAAUAGAGUAAUUUGAAUGAAAUUUUCAAAUUAUUCAUUUUACAUCAUCUUCUUUCGAACUAUUAUAGCAAGAAUUGCUAGUUCUUUAUCUAAAUCUUACAUAAUGUAUCUUUAAUGUAUGCUUGAUCUUGGCUUGUCAUUACAGAUAUGAUGCCAACACUCUACUGAACAUAGGUACUAUUUGAUUUGUUGUGUUCAUUAUGCAAAGGUGCUGAUAUAUUUUAGACCCGUGUUGCCUUUAUGGAAAGCUUGUAUGUAAUGUACACGUAUGUAGAAUAGUUGGAUUUAUAGAAAUAUUCCCAUAGAAAUGUACUAAUAAUUGUACUAUUUAUUUAUUAAUAAACUAUAACACAUACUUAUGGAAGAACAAUUACUGAUUUAUUUGGGCGACGUUUCGAAGAGUAUUCUCUCAACGUUUUCAAGCAAGUACAGUAACAAGUGUGUAGAGCAAUUAUUUAUAAACAUAAGUAUGUGUUUAUAGUUUAUUGCUCUAUCCAGUUACUAAAUGCCUCUAAAAGAUAUUUAUUUAUUAAUUAACAAACCUUGUGAUUAUGUCUAUAUCAUAUUCUGUAUAUUUAAAAUUUACUUUGUUGAAAUAAUGAUCUAAUUAUACUCAGUUUCAAAUUUCAAUUAUAAUUGUUCAAAUUUGUAUUGAAUUGAUAGACAUUAUAAGUCUUUCAUAUAAAUUAUAUAUGGUAUGCAGCAUUAAUGGUGAUCCACUGAAAGUUUACCGGGUUUCUCUCAAGCUUACAUUUUGAAAUUCAUAUUAAUCCCAAGUUGAGUGUUGCUUUUAUAGUGUGAGCCUUGCUGUUAUAGUAAUGUUUGGCUUGCUGGAAUUAGAUAAUUUAACAUAAUUUCAAUCAAACAGUGUUGGCAUAUACUAUGGAUAAAUUAGUGCAUGCCAUGAUUCUGUUGUUUCUAAUCAAGAUUUGUGUAAUCACAACCCCUGUAGUACAAGGUUUGCAAGAAAACUAAAGCUAAAAAAUGUUUAUAAAUUUUUUUUAGAUUCAGAUACUGGGUAAUGAAAUAUACACACCCUUAAAUGGCAAAAUGACAAACCAUAAUCAAAAUACACCAGACCUAAUGUUUAUUAUUAUAGAUAUAUUCAAAUAUACAUUGUUAUUUGUUGUUGAUCUUUUACUUGCUUUAAAUAAAAUUUAGUUGAUUUUUUUUUAUGUUUAUUGACCAUUAAAUUAAUUUACUUAAACCUGGACAGUUUGCAGUGGAUGUGUAAAAUCAUUAAAAUAAAUAUUAUGUGUAGGCACUGUGAUGUUAAUUUUUGCAUUUAUGUCAUUAUUGUGAAUUAAGACAUGUUCACCUUCCAAUUUACAAGACAUCUAUAAAUCAUGUGGUAUUUUUAAGUUAUAUAAUAUAUAUAUAUAGAUAUUGUAGUAUGUAAAAGAACUGUCUGGGUUGUUAAAUGUACAUAAAUGUCAUUGAAAAUACACCAGUGUAUCAAUGACCUUGAAAUCCCUUUAGCUCCAGGCAUUUAAUGAAGAAUGACAUACAUAGUUCCCAUUGUGUUUGAAAACUUGUUCAUUAAAACAAAAAAUUUCUAUAACAAUGUAAUAUUUUUUGCCCCAAUAUAGUUAAACAUGAUCAGAAGAAUCACUAAAAUCUGAAUAGGAUUAAGUCUAUUUUCAUUGUCCUGUGGCUACUGGGACUGUUAUUUAAAUUCAUCUGAUAAAGACAUGAAUCCCUUCAAAUGUUUCACAUUAUUGUUGUUGCAGUGUCUUAUUAGAGUGUGAUAAUACAUUUGAUAAUUCAGAGCCAAUUGUUUUCAGUAUUGAAAUUGUGCCAUAUUUAAUCACACAAAAAUUGUUUUAUCUGCAGUUGCAUUUGGUAUUGUAAACAAAAUAAUAAAUCAAAUAGAAAAAUC